AUGGGUCCGGACACUCACGUUGGUGAUCGCAAGGCUCUCAAGCAGCGUUCAAAAAAGAUGAACGCCGAGAGACUAAGAUACCAACGAACACAAAGCGAAUAUUUCCCUCUCACUGACAGUCUCAUCGUCCCCAAGAGUCGUGUCGCUCGUGCUUUGGAUACUUGUAUCAGCAAUCUCAAGAACUCAGGGAAGCAGCUCAAACUCAGAAGGUCUCGCUCCUUCGAGCCUGAGAGCGGCAUCUCGUCUCGCGACGUUACCCAUCCCGCAUCUGAUCUACCCGCAGUGCCCAACCUGAAGGAUCUGCCUGAGAAGAAGGAUCUUGAUAGAGCAUCCCCAAAGGAAAGUUCUUUCAGAAGAAAGUUCAGCAGAACGAUGACUGGUGACUCUGUCAAGAAAGCCAGCAGCAUGGACAGAAAGAGCUGGCAAACCCAGUCCUCCUCUGCAGGUAGUGGAGGAAAGACUCGCUCUGUCCGCUCCGCCUCGGUCACGGCGACUGAUAAAGAUCUGGUUGAAGGAGAUACCGCAGCACCUAUUGAAGGAGACCUCGAGAAGCUCAAGAUUUCUGAGGGCCUGAAGAGAGAGGGAAAGCCUGCUGCUAUCACUACCGCGCAGCCAAUGGUCGUCAAGUGCCUCAGAUCCCCUGGUGAUUAUGUGUUCUUUGAUCUGGAGACUCCCGGAGAGAAGAGAAACGCGAACAGCGACUCCAGCCCAGGUCUUUCCCCCAAGGCCAAAGGGGCCGAAGGUGAAUCUGCGGAGGACCAGUCUGUUGAGGACGAAUCUGGCAAAGCUGCGAACGACCAGGAUCCAAGAAGCAUUCUCGAAAAAAGACUCGAUGCAAUCCGUCACAUCGUGAAUAACAUAUUCCAGGGACAGUCGGACGAGAAUACCAAGUCUGGAAAGGCUCCGCAAAAUGCCAAAAAAUGGGACACAAAGAACAUGAAGUGCGUCAAGUGCUUCGGAGACUGCCCAGUCUGCGGCAAAGCAUGCUGCAUCUUCGACAUUGCUCGCCGCACCGCUGCCGAGGCAGAUCCAACCCCCGAACAUGCUGAAGCCGCAAACCAGAUCCUUAAGCUCAUCCAGAGUCUGGGCAACAGCAUCUUGGAGGCGAGCACCUACUCCCUGUGCACCACGCCCGGAGGCUGCGGACGGUACGUCUGCUCCGACUGCUGGGGUAUCUGUCCGGUCGAGCUAUGCCGCGACGUCCAGUGCAAGGACUGCAAGGAAGAUCCCUGGGCUGCGUGCGACUGGCAUGAUUACUGA